GCAUCGUUUUGGGCCAUGGAUUUGCUAUCAAGAAUUUACCUAUACAGAAUUGUGCACAAGCCCCGGCCGAAACGCGCACCAAAAACACGCCAAUCACUUUGCAAAUCCCCGUAGGUGCACCACCUCUAAGGUGUGCGCGCGCAACUGAGCCAUGGCAGAUUAUGAAGUGAACCUGUACGCUCGGUACGAGGCGCGGCUGCUAUCAGGCCAGUCCUUCAAGCCCACAAUCAUUCCCGCCGUCAUCAUCACGGGGUUCCUGGGCAGCGGAAAGACCACUCUCGUCCAACACGUGCUGCGGAACAGGGGCGCACUGCGCAUUGCGGUGCUGAUCAACGAGGUGGGGCGAGUGGACGUUGACUCGGAGCUGGUCAACGCCAAGCAGAGCAAUGCGGCUCUGGGGCUGCCGGCGACGGACCUCAGCGGCGGCUGCAUCUGCUGCUCCCGCUCGGAAGACCUGGCGGCGGCGCUGCGGCGGCUGAGGGCGCCGCCGGCGGCCGCGGGGCCAGGCGGCGGCGGCGGCGCCACUGCGGCGGAUGCGGCGCCGUGUGACUACCUCCUGGUCGAGACGUCGGGUGCCGCGGACGCGGGCCCCCUGGCCGAGGCGCUGGUGGAGGCGGGCUUUCGGCUGGACGCGGUGGUUGCCGUGGUGGACGCAGAGGCGGGGCCGGAGGCGCUGAAGCACCCCGUGGCGCGGGCGCAGGUGUGCUGCUCCGAUGUGGUGGUGCUCAACAAGUGCGACCUGGUGGCGGGCGGGACGGGCAGCGGGCUGGGCGCCAUGUCGGACCUGGAGGACGCGCUGUCCGACAUGGCGCCCGGCGUGCGGGUGGUGCGGGCGCGGUACGGCGAGGUGCCUCUGACCACCGUGUUGGACGUGGUGCCGGUGGAGGCGGCAGCCGCAGCCGCACAAGCGCCAGCAGCCGCAGCCACCUCAGCGGCAACCAAUGCCGCUGGCGGUGGUGGUGGCGGCGGCGGCGAGGGCUUCAUGUCACAUGAGUCAAUGCCUAGCAUCACCACUACCGGCGGCGGCUACCGCCUCGCCACAGGGCCCCUCACCGCAGACGGUCUUGCGGUGGGCAGUGCCCGCCACACCAAGCGACGCGCCGCGCCGCUGCCGCUGCCACCCAUCCCGCCACCCGGCGCCCGUGGUGGCAGCGGCACAACGCCAGCAGGGCCUGCCGACCCGCACCACCACCACCACCACGACCACGACCAUCACCAACAGGAGGGCCACGAGCACACGAGGCACCCACACGACCCCCACAGCGACGCGCACCCUGGCAGUAGCGCCUCAGCGUCUGACGCACAUGCGCACGCACACGCACACGCACAUGCACAUGCGCAGCUUCACAGCGGCUUCUUCACCGAGUCGGUGGUGGCGGGGGAACGGCCGUGCAGCCUGGUGACCUUUGCAGACUUUGUCACAAGGCGCCUGGUGCGGGAGCCAGCGCUGCUGCGCAGCAAGGGCGUGCUGUGGUUCGGCGAGCGGCGGGCGCAACGCUUCACCUUCCACCUCAGCGGCCGGCGGCGGGUGGAGCUGAGCCAGGAGGGGCCGUGGGAGGGGCCGCCCAGCUGCAGCAUCGUUUUCAUAGGCACGGACGCGGCAGCCAUGGCGGCGUUGCGGCAGAGGUUUGAGCAGGAGGUGUUGGGCGCCGACAACACAAUGGUGGCGGAGGCAGAGGCGGAGGUGGAGACAGGGGCGGAGGCGGUGGUGGAGGCGGAUCCAGAAGCGCAGGCAGCAGUGGCGGUGCUGGGGGAGUGCAUUGCGGCGAAUGACAAGAUGGAGCUGCUGCCGGCGGCACCUGCCGCGCGCCCCACCUCUGGUGCGGGGCAGUCACACGUCAGCAGUAGUGGCGGCGGCGGCGGCGGGCGGCUUGUGGGCUUCACCCUGCGGAGCUCCCCGCUGCACGGCAUCAACGGCGAGGAGCUCAACGCGGAGCUGGUGCGGCGAGCCAACGCCGACGGCAGCGGGUUGCUGCUGCUGGCGGCCGUGACGGCGCCCGGCUCCAUCAGUGCCGUGACGGGCGUGCAGGCGCGAGACAGGGUGCAGAGCUUGUUGGUGGCGGCGGUCGCAACCCCAGCAGCUGCGCAGCAGCAGGCGGAGGCGCUGAUGGCAGCGGCGGAGCCGAUCCUGCGAAAGGCGUGGGGGCACGUGCACAACUGCAAGUGCGACGUGGCGGGGGCUGUGCAGGCGCUGCAGCGCUGAUGCUUCAUGUGUCCAUGAGGCCUAGAGGCGAAGCUGGUGACUUGUCACGGCUUGUGGGAGUUUACAGUUGCAAUGCGUUUUUGUCCGCACUCGCGCAGCACGGUGGCUGUGACAGCCCUGGUGCAAGUCAGGGUUGCACUGUACUAGCCAUUUUCUUAUAAUACGCGUAUUAAUACGCAGUACACAGCUUUCUAGUACAAUACACCAUAAUUCACUUAUAAUACGCCGGCGAGCAAGGGUUAGUACGUGCUAUAGUACGUCCCAUGCAACCUAUGCCCGGUCCCAUUGCAAAUUUCGCUCUCCGUGUUCCUCCUUAGUAUCCUUCCCUGUAUCCUACUAUACAUUACCAUACUCGAGGCCGUUACAGCUCGCUAUGCUGUUGGAAACGCAUACUUGUUAGUAAAUGUCGAGAAAUGAGCGGAGUGACAACUGCGCAGCCUUUUUGCCUACUGUUUGGCCAUCAAGUAUAUCCAUCCAGAGCUCCAUUGCGCGUAUCCAAUAGGGCAGGCUCGGUUCGCGCAUCGCAUCGGCCAUCGUGUCACUGAUAUCAGGCUUUUGGUUGUGAGCAACUACACACACAGAAUCAUAUUAUGCUUAAGACGUUGCC